AUGAGCUUCAGGUUUGCACUACAAAGUUACAUCAACAACCCUACACAAGACCGCGCGUUGUUCUAUGAUGACAACGUAGUGAUCAUCAAAGACGCUUACCCCAAGUCCGUCCGUCACUACUUGGUUCUUCCUCGUGAUUCGGAGUUGUCCAAAACUCAUCCACUCGAUGCUUUCAAAGACCAUGAAAUUUACGACAAAUACGACACCUAUGUCGAAAAGGCUAAGGAUUUGAUGGUAGACUCGUUAGUGCGAGACGGUCUUGUAGCCGUUGACAAGAACUCCAGGGCAACGUUCCGCAAUCGAUUUAUCCGGGCUGGAGUCCAUUCCAUACCAUCGUUAGCCAACUUACACAUCCACGUAAUCAGCCAGGAUUUCUAUCUGCCACGUAUGAAGAACAAGAAACACUACAAUUCCUUCAACACAGACUUCUUUGUGGAUUACGACCGACUCGACCCCUACUUGAAGGCCAAUGCCAAUUCAGAUUUUCUCACACCGCAUUCUGGGUCUUCAGAUGACAACGACUCCGACUUGGACGGCGGCAAUUUGUCUGACGCUGGCUCACCCCACGGCAUGUUGGUCGGCAAUAGGAACAGAUUUGUUCGUGAUGAAAUUCAGCUCAACAAAAUUGUCCGAGACACUCCCUUGAGAUGUGUACAUUGCAACAAGGUGUUUGGAGCGAGCAUGGCUGGCCUAAAGGCGCAUUUGCUAAAGGAAUACGAAACAAUAUACUUGGGUACCUCCCACAUGUCAGAGGGGAAACUGGAGGGGAAAUCAUAG